AGACUAAAACAAAAAUAACAAAAUAUAAAUGAUUGAUGUGCAAAUAGAGGUUAUCCAAUAUAAUGUGAGGAUCAGGUCCAUGACCCCUAGGUUCCAAAAACUUUUUUUCCUUUAUUCGGUUCAGAUUCUACCCUUUUGUAUCUCAAUAAUAAUAAGUAGUCCAUAAAUUAAAUAGAGUAUAUAUUGUUUAAAUGACUUUCUGUGCAACUCAUUAUUUUGAUUUCGCAUUAAGUACAAUAAACACAUAAAAGCAAAGAAUUGAAGUAAUCAUAGAAAUAAAUCAAAAAAAAACUAUUUACUAAAAAGAUUAAUUCCAGUGCCUUUUAGAUCUUGCCUCUAAAAAAUCUACGAUUUACAUUUCAUUUAGCCCUCUGUGGUUUCGCUUUUUUACCUACUAAAUAGCAUGUGUACAAAAAUUCAUAAAUUUUGAGUAAUUUUGGAAAUUCAUUUAUUGUACAGAUUUCAUACACAUGAACUAUCCACAAGAUGUUGGUAUUACUUUUUGCUGUCGAUGGAUAUAGAUAUAUAUUGGCGUUGAUUCCAUAUGUAAUUAUGAAUACGUUCAUGUUACUGCGGUAAAAACGGAGACGACACCGAUAAUUACAUGCCAAUGUAAAAUCUUUAGUACGCUGCAAGCCUCAAUCGAUGUUGAUCAUGGAAAUUAUGCAAAUGCGAGAGAGAGGGUCACGUGUUGCCAUUGUCGCUUAAUGAAGGAAUUAUUGAUAUUUGUAGAUUUUGACGGUUUAAACGAAUCAGCGAUUAUUCCAGAACAUAUUAACAAACAGAUUGUUCUGGAAGCUCUUGAAUGUACGAACGAUCAAGUCAUUUCACUUCCCGCCAAAACAGGCGUUAAACGUUUUUCUAUUGUUGCAGAUCAAGUUGAAUUUGUUACAGUGUGUAAUGUUGAUAAGACUCACAAACAAAUCGCAACAUGUCACUCAACUCAAUGUCGUUUAUCAAAGAACCAAUCAACAAAACGAAAUGUAAGAAAUUUAACUGAUUGUUCAUCACUUUGUCAACAUCUUAAAUUGCUAAAAGAAAGUUUUGACGAAGUGCCAACGAGGAUGGAGAUGGAUAUCGAGGUUGAUGAUGGUAACUAUGGUGAUAGCAGUGAUGAAGAUGAUACUUUACCCUCUGAAAAGUGGGAAGAUAUAUUUGAUGUUGCAUGUGGGUUAUGGACCUUUGGCAAGAAUUGUCCUUCUACUCAAAUUGUUGAUUCCAAUCCAGAUUCAAACAACUUAAGUAUACAAUUCUAUCAACGAAGUAGAAUAGAUAUUAAAGAACCAGAAACUUUCCCAUUGUUCGUUCCUAGUGCUAAUGGAACGUGUACUUGCCAGGCCGGAUGGACGUCUGACGAAAAUCCAGAUGGUCUAUUGGAAGAAGUCGGAAAGACUACGCUGUUUUUAAGCUUAGGCGCCGUAGAAGCAAAAGUCUGGAAAAGAAAAUGUCUUCAAGGUACAUGCAUGAGAUCAUGGACUGGAGAGGAUGAGUGUAUAUUCAGGCUUUCCGCUCACACGUGUGCCGGAUAUGAAAUUGGUUGGAUGUUUGUUGAUGCUGUAAAUAGCGGAAAACAAACAUUUUCAGGAUUUACCAUGUGCAUGAAUAAAACGUACAAGCGCCUGUUUCCGACAGGCAAAUCUUUUAUGUCCAGUCGGACUUUUAUUGCGUGGUGGUUUGCAUGGGCAUCGCAUAUGAAAAUCGACUUUCGUAUGUCCUGCUCUUGGUGCGGCGGAAAAUGCAGUUCACUUGCUUGUGAUGGAACGAAAAUUGGAUUAAAUUUUAAACAAGCAUUUGUUUCACCCAUUGAACGCUCCAACGAAUCUGAAAUUUUGGAAACGAAACUGAGACGAUUGGAUCGGUGCUUUAUUCCCACAUCCAUGAACAACACCGCAGCAUUUUGCAAAUUGGCGCGAGACACUUUUCAACAAAUGUGUCGAUUUAUAAUUGAUGGGGAUUACAACCAGAUUUCGUCACUUAUGUUCAAAGAAUAUGUGCAGUUACUUGAUGAUCGAGUUGUACCUUUUAUUUCUCGCGUUUUUAACAUACAACAGGAAGGUAUAGAUCGAAACGAACAACUGGCCGCCGCCAAGUUGUUAUCGAUGCUGUUUACUGAUUGUUCCGUUGAUGUCAUAUGUCCUAUCGCUUUAGCAGAAAAGCUGAACAGUUUUUUUAGCACUAGCAGUAUGGACACUUUGGCGUUUGCCGAAGAUGUUAAGACAUAUUGUCCUGAGAUGGCAUGGUUAAUGAUACAAUCAUUCCUCGUUCAUAAUGGGACGAUUCCCGAGGACACGCUUAGCUUUUUCGUACACGUAUGCGAGCGUGUAAAAUCUAUACAUUCUUUUAAUACUCCACCUGCACCAACUCAGAAAUUAGAAGGUACUUAUAACCCGGCGAAGUACGGUCGAGCGUACUACUUUACUGAGAAUGGAGAGCAAAUAAGAAAAAUGCGAAGUUUUUCCAUGGAUAAAAGGGAAAUAAAAGACACCGCAAAUGAUGACACCCCAGAUGUUAAAUGUCGGAAGGUGUACCCGGACGUGUCAAAAAAAGGGACAACAUAUCUUUUUUUAUGGUUUUGUCCUUAUCAUGGUCACUGUCUUGGGUUUCACAUUAUAACAGGAAGUGAAGGAAGAAAGGACGCACUGGCAUCAUUGUAUACCCAUUUGGAAAAAGGGCCCGAAACCAUUUUUUACGAUUUUGCUUGUGGCUUAAGCGAGUACGCCAAAAAUCGAGAAUCUGGGUAUUUUCAAGACACGCGUUUUUUUCAUGACGUGUUCCACGGAUUCAGCCAUAAAUGCUCUCAAGGCUACAACAGUAGCAGGUUAAGUGGAAUGAACUCACCGAACACAAGUAUCUGUGAACAAUUUAACAGCUUUCUGCAAAGAAUUAAAGCCUCGGCAAAAUUAAUGGGACAAGCGCAUUUUACGUUUUACGUUCAAUUCUUCAUACACCAGUGGAACAUUAAAGUUUUUAAUAGUAGCCGGACUAGAAUGAAGAUUGGUUACUACGGUGCGUUUGAGUAGACACUGACUAAGAAGAUUGUGCAAAACGAUAUAAAGUAACAUUAUCAGGUUACAAAAGUGCUAAGCCUAAAAUCUAUUAUUAAAUAUGGUGCGUGAUUUUAUAUAGAAGCCUGAAUAUUUACAAAAGUAAAAAAUAUCCACGUAUAUUAUAAUACAAUUACUGUACUGGA